CCGAACGCCCUUCUGCCCCCGUCCAUUCGCUGCGAAUGCUCUGGAAUCGCGAUCUGAUCCAAGGGCAGUUUAGCAUCUUUUGACUCUGCAAUUUGCAUUAACCGCGUUUGCCUACUUGUGGACUGCGGCGUUGCGUGAAGACCCAAUCUAAUGACGCAAUAUGGUCGAAUAAGCGCUGAAGUGACUACUGAGAACUGGCCGCCCUUGCCUAAUUCACGGAGAGCCACAACAACAAACUGUGGCAGGUGCGAUUCACUCACAAGCCGCACCCACCCGUCCAGGCUGCUGUCCAAGCUCAGAGCAACUUUUGCGUAGGCUGCCAUCACUAUAUAAGUCUCUCUUUGCACCCUACCCUCUCUCUCUUCUCCAUCACACAAUCCCAUCUAACUCUCAUCCACAACUUCAACAAACAACUUUCAAACCAAACCUCUAAACAACCUCAACCUCAAUCAGAAUGUCUGCCCCCAACGUUGACAAGCCUAACGAGGGCAUCGUCGGCCAGGUCACCAACUCUGCCAAGAACGCCGUCAACUACGUCUCGGAGACCAUCCAGGGCAACGCCGCUGCUGCUUCCAAGGAGGCCAACAAGGAGCAAGCCAAGGGCAACGCUGGCGACACUUCGCUCACCGGUCGUGCCUCAGGUGCUCUCGAUGCCGCCUCAGACAAGAUCAACGAGUCGAAGCACGAUGGUGCUGCCAAGGCCAACAAGGAGUCCAUCUAAGUUGAUGGCUUGAUCUUCACAUCAGGAUGCGGUUAUAUCUCAAUUGGCGCAGGCGGAAUAUCACCAUACCCUCAUAGCUACGGCUUCUUCACGAUUCAACGACUAUGAUGUGUUAUUACCUCUCAACUCCGCAAGGAGCUUUCUAGAAAAUGCACUCAGCUUUAGUUGCCUUCUAGUAUAUACCAAUCAAGAUUGAUCUUUCCCCAAACUGUGCAAUGUGUUGAUUGCUCAAACGUGAUUGAUGUGAGAUGAUGACUGGCAUGGCUAACAACUUUGACAUUUGACAAGUAUGUUUGCUACAGUACGCUCGACAACACCAUGAAGCUAGCCCUAUGUAAUUGGGAUGAUAACUGACAGACUGAGCCAUCAACACAAUCACAGUGGCGACC